UUAUUUAGUAAUUAUUUAUAGCAUAAAUCAUAGGGAAAAAAUGAAAAAAUGCAAAAAUUAAAGUUUCUCCAAUUUGUGAAGAUUUAUCAUAGAUCUUUACAGAUAAAUAUAUUUAGUAAGCCUUUUGAGAAUUCAUAUGUAUUGGGUGCCUCAAUUCGUCGAUUUGGGCAACAAAGUAUUAGAUCAUAUAACCAGCUUUCAGAGGAUGUAAAACAAAAUGAGAGUGCCAUUACAGUUUCUGCAAAAGUAAAGCAAGUUGGAAAAGAUGCUUCUUACAUGGGUAUAUUGCUUAUAGGGUUUGGAGUAACAGGUGCUCUUAUUUGGUAUAUUGCAAGUGAACUUAUAUUUAGUUUCAGCCCAAAUGCUGUAUAUUCGAAGGCAUUGAAACUUGUAAAAGAUCAUCCUUUGGUUGUUGAGGAAAUCGGUAAUAGUAUAAAAGGGUACGGUGAAGAAACUUCAAGAGGAAGAAGAAGACACGUGAAUUAUCAACAGUAUGUUGUUGAUGAUGUAAACUACAUGAGAGUACAAUUCUAUGUAUCAGGUAGCAAGCGUAAGGGAACUGUUUAUGCUGACGCAAUGGAGACAUCUCGCGGUAAUUUCCAGUUUCGUUAUAUUUUUGUUGAAAUGCAAGGAUAUCCUGUUUCCCAACCAAUAGUGAUUUUAGAUAAUAGAUAAUCAAAAUAGUGAAGGAAAAAGAAGACAUUUUAAAAGAAGUUAAUUAGAGAAAAUAAAAACCAUUGUGAGAGAACAAAAAAGGACUUACGGACAACUAAAUUUAUUACGAAAUACCUAAUUUAGUAUAA